AUGGAAGAUAUACGUUUAAAACAUAAAUCUAUACAAAACGCUGCGCACCAUAUUGCCAUGGAGUGUAUACAUCCACAGUUUGGUUUGUUCCUCCAUGUCUGUACCAAUGGAAUGCACAGUCGGCGCACGGCUCCCCCUACCACGUUCACCCUUUUCCCUCUCCUAUCCGUCUACAACAUGCGUUCACAGCACAGAACAGCCCGAAAAUGUUUCAUCCAAAGGGACUCAAACCUCAAAGGGAUGGCAAAGCUUUUGUCACACCAACUGAGAGUCCUAUCCUUGGGCGGGCUUUAUGUCUUACACCCCGUGGAAGCCCACUCCCUGGCCGUGUGUCCCACC